CGUCGUCUUCCGCCGCUCGCCCUGGUCGUUCCUGUCUCUACUCUCUCUCUGUGCUGAUCGUCCGCCUGCCGCCGCGCGUUCUUGCUGGCGGCGUUCUUCUGGCGGCGCGUUCCCUCCAGAUGGAAACGCAGAAUGACCCCUUCCAAGCCGGGGGAUCGAUCACGUCCUCCAAACAGACCCUCGGCAUGAUCGUUACGCAUCUUAUUACUGGAUAUGCAUGUAUGGACUUUCUCUCUUCCUUCUCCUGGGACUGGUCGCUCCUCAAGGGCAAGAUGGGCUGUAAGCCCGGUGCGUUCAUCCUCUACUUCGGCUGUCGCUACCUGGGCAUCCUCUCCGUGGUCGCCACCGUCGUCUUCCUCGAUGCGUUCCCCGUGGUCUUCUUGAACCCCAUGCGGUAUACGUCCGCGAUCGCCGCGGGGCUUUCGCUCGGGUUCGCGUAUAGUAUCGUUCUUCUCCGGAUCGCGUUCAUGUUCAAGAGGACUUGGCUGUGUAUCUGUAUCGACGUGCUCAAGUUCACGUUCUGGGGCAUCAUGUUCAGAACGAUGAGCCAGCUGCCCACCUUGUUGCGCGAAGGCCUGAGUGUUCAACUCGCCGAAGCUGCAUACUGCCUCGCGGUCGCCUCGCUCGUGUUCGCGGCAAGCUUGUUCCAAGCGCUAUACGUGUGCCGGAAGGAGCACCACUUUCGGAUCCGCGAGCUCGCGCACGCCCUGGCUCGGGAGGACGUCGUAGAACUUGCUUUUCUUUGGGCAGCGAACGUGCUCACCUCGGUGCGUAACACGAAAUGACGAGUCGGAUUGAUGUGUGUUGUAUUGACAGACGGGUGAACCAGGUGGUGCAGUUUAUUGACCGUGAUCCUUCCGGUUCUUCCACCUUUAUGACGUCCUAUUUAGCUUUCGUAGUAAUUAUCGUCGUGGCCUGUCGAGUGUAUCGCAAGAUGCUCGCGCGUUAUGACACAUGUCCCGCCACGUAUUGUGCAACGCUCAUCGCCAUGCGCGUAGUCGGACGUUAUGUUGCCGCGAAGUUCCGUAAGGAUGGUCUCCCUACCGCGGAUGCGUCGACGACCGUCAGCGAAAAGCGCUGUCCCGCCGCGGUCCACUUCUUUUUCUUCUGGCUACGCAAACCACAGUCUGAACGGGGGAGUACGGAUGUGCCGCGGCGGGAAUCUGAUGAUGUGGUUCCGCCAAUAACAACGUCACAGACAACAGCCUCGCGCGGCCCCAGCGCACUCCGCGGCAGCAAGCAGGCGUCCCACGCAUUCUUCGCCAACUCGCGCUCGACGUACGCGCACACCUCGCUCUACCAGUCGCAAGACAGCUAGCGCGCCGUCCGUGCGUGCGCCCCGCGCCACCCGCCCGACACACCCUCCGGCAGGCCGGUACACAGCACAUGUACAUGCAACCGCAAUCCCCACCACACGGGCCCGCGGCCGAGCAGAGCAGGGAUGAGCUCGAGUGUGAGCGGUAGGACGCCCCGUCUCUCGCGUGUCCCGCCGCAUCCAACGCGCUACCUCUUUUUCUCCCCGUUUUCAUGCCUCGUUCUAGGCCUCGCACCCCGUGCCGUCGCAAUCCUCCAUCGCAAGUUUCCCUCUCCCGCUUCGUGUCCCGUCGGGGGCCCCGGCUGUCCUGCUCGCUCAACACGCCGCUCCGCAUACGUGCCUGCAACCUGGAGCGCGCUCGGUCACCCUAUAUAUGUCCCAGUAUGCGCUAUAUACCAGGCUCCUACCCACCGUCACCUCGAGUUGAGGGGGGCGAUUUCAGGUAAGAGGGGUCGAGGUUAAUUC